CACGGACGGCGGCGGCGGCGGCUCCGGCUCAAAAACAGUUACUCCUUUUGGGAAUAUGAGAUGUGACUGUGGAGGGAGGGAGGUAGAGAGGCGGGAUAUAAAAACGGGUGGCCAGUGAGGAUCUGGCAUAGUGCACCACGGUGGCUUGCUGCGAUCCACGGGAGCUGCAAGGGAAAGGCAGGCGAAACAUUUUGUGAUGGAUGGGAAAAAUGAUGUGUUGCUUGGAUCCAGAUCGACGAGUCAGCAGUAGUCAGACGGCAAUUGUUCUGUUCCGUAUUGGACGCCACUUAUUAGAUGCAUGUACUCUAAAUUUAGAUGGGGGGCACCUUUUUUCGAUUUUUGCCCUCGCAUAUUCAUUAUUCAUGGACAUAUAUUUUAUCAUUUUUUUCCCUUCUGAUUUUCCUAAACGUGAUGAGAUGAUCAUGUCUUUGUUGGUGCUUGAAUAUGUGAAGAGUAUUCCAAGAUACUACAGUGUUGCUAGCGCCUUACCCAAGAAGUCGAUGAAUCCUUCUCAAGGGCUUAUGAAAGGGUUGCCUGCUCGGAGGCCAUUAACGCGACCAAAAGGGUCCAGCUCACCAGGAUUGUUAACAAUGUCGAUCUAGCGUGUAGCUUAUCGAGGUUUCGAGGCUAUGCUUGCUUGGC